GCUGUGUAGUUUUGCAGCAAUUUUGUUUCCGUACGUGAUCUGCAGUGGGUGUUAAAUGCCAAAUAAGUGUUGUGUGCUGGUGCGCACCGGCAACUAUGAUACGGGGAAGAGGAUACAAAUGUUUUCUUUCCCUGAAGACGAAGACACUUCCAAGAAGUGGCUGCGCGCCAUUCCUAGGAAGGACUUCGUACCCACUUUGUACACUAAGCAAGAGCGCAGUAGUCAGUAACGGAAGAACAGCGGUGGCCAGAGAAAUGGCGGGCAAGGAUGCGGCUUUCUCUGGAAGAAUAUGGGACCCAAGUGGCGCGGGAGGCGAGAGUUCGUUGGCACCGUUCCGUUCAGGGAACGACCGGGACAUUACGGCGUCCAGCGUCGCGGACGCCGGUGCCACCGCUUCAUCAGGCACCGCAGCCAGUUCUUGCGUCGUCGCCCGUUCACUGUCCUGCUCAGCAACAGAGUGGACGCUUCUCGAGUUCGCCAGACAUCUGCAUCAUGAAGUGCCACUGCAUUUUGCGAGCGCAGAAGCUGUUCUGGAGAUCCUCCAACCCGCAGAGACGUUCUUUUCCUCAUUGGGCGUGGACAUGUCACGGCCCUGCACCUACCCACACGAUGGCCGUUGUUGGAUGCACUGCUACCAGAAUGCUUGGAAUGAAUUCCUGAAUAAUCAUGGUCAAGAGCUGCUGGGGAGUCCCGCAGGCCUGACCCUGCGUACGCUGCGUGUCCCAGGACGCGUUAGUGUCGACCCUGAGAGCACGUUGCUUUCUCUGUGUAUUGUCCUCUGGUUGCUCUACCAGCACCGUUGUAUCACGUCGGCCACCCUCAGCGCCGGCGUCAUAGUUCCACGCCAUAUUUCCAUUUUCUACAGGCUGCUGCUUUUCCACGAAGGCUACGUUAGCGUACACGCAGACGAUUCAGAACCUGCAGGUGCUUGGAAUUGUCACGUGCUUGAUGCUCUCCAUCGCACUAGACACCUGCAGGUAUUCCACGUGUCAGCGCUCCAUCUCGGCGAACGCGAGUGCGACGGCCUUUGUGCUCUCCUCGGGAGGAAUCCGCACCUCUCCGUUCUGGUCCUUCGUAGAGUGACUGUUGACUCCACAGCUACUGCUAACUUCUUCAGCGGGUUGAAGGUCCUCAAGGCACUCGAACGACUCGAGUUCGAGGCGGCAGCGGGUGAACAAAGCGAGUGUGAGGAGAUCGUCACUAUACUGCUUCAAACGACCGUGCGGUGGCUCAACCUAACUGUUGCGUGUAACAUGACCGAAUUUUUCAAGCAGCUCGCCCGAAAUGAAAUGUUGCAGGAGCUAGAGUUAGGCCACCCAGUUUCAGAAGUGGAAUCUUUUCGGUCGCUGGCAUCGUCGCUUGCGGUGAACCAAAGCUUAAGGUGUCUCAAAGUGGCGGUCAACAUGAAUCAUAACGCGGCUUACGAGGACUUCUGUGACGCACUUUCUAAACUUGUCCGGAACAAUAGAAGACUGGAAGUUUUGGACCUUUCAGGUUCUACGCUUCAUGACAGCCAGGCUGCGAAAGCGCUCAGCGAUGCACUGUGUCGUAAUUGCACACUCGAUCGAUUGUAUUUGCACGAGUGCGAUUUGACUUGCACCGAUGUCCUUCUCAUUUUGGACGGUCUAAAAGAGAACGGUUCUCUGAGAGAGUUGUGUUUUGGUCUAGUGAGUGACACGCCAUCUGUACGGGCGUCUGUGUAUGAUAGCAUUGUGCGACAGGGGCUUGUCAACCGCGUGACCUUCGUGUGGAGAGACGAUGAGGUUCCGCUUCUCGCCGAGCGCCUCGAGUGCUGUCUUUCACUGCGGAAGCUUUAUUUCAGCGCCGAAGACGCCUGGCCCGAAGAUGUCGGCAAUUUCCUUAAAAUCCUGCCCGAGUUCCACAGUACUCUGGACACCUUGCAUAUUCACGCUCCGGGAGUGAUCACCACGGAUGGGGCCCGCUGCCUCUCUUCACUCUUCGAGCUCAGUACGGCGCUUCACAAGGUGGCCGUAAUUUAUGAAACAACUCAGGAGUCCUCGUUAGCAUUACUCGAAGGUCUUGCGAGCUCCAACUCUAUUACCUUCUUCGCAUUCGGGCGCUGGUACCUCGGAGGAAUGGUGUCCGUGGCCUUCCGCACUGCCCUAAUGAAUAACAUGAGCCUCCUGCAACUCGAUGUCCACAAGUCCGACGGCGAACGCGUGCCCUCGGAGUUUAAAAACAUGUUGCCAGAUGUAGUGUUCACAAGCAAGAGCCUUGUGACCGUGCGCCACUUCCGUGACCACGAGGAAGUGAACGAGGGGAUGACUGAUGUCAUCGUUCGGUCAACGCUGCGAACAAAUGAGAUGGCUCUGCGCGACACGCUCGACGUCAUCCUGCAGAAGAAACUGGCAGCGCAGGCGGCGUACGCGUACCACAAGUUGCGCUUCUGCGACGACCAGGGUUCCUGCUGUCCCAAUGUAGGUUGCACAUCGCGUCGGACCAACCGCCUCCUAGAAAUGUACCACUCGAUGAGGCACUCCCUACGCCGCUUGCGCCUACAGUACGACUCCGUGCCCGACCCGAAUCCGGAAAGAAACCCACGUGCCGAGUUCGAAGAACUGUACCUGCAGUGCUUGAACCAGGUUAAGAAGCGUGUGUGCGCUUCGACAACACUUUAAAACGACUUUGUUUUUAGUUACUUUUGUGUACGCGGUGAGACUGUCAUGCACUUUGCGCUCACUAAGGACAAUUAUAAAGAAGUGGUCUCCACAGCA